AUCCAAGCUGGCAAGCUCUUCAACACCAGGGCAUGUGUCCAGUGUUUGUAGGGAGCAGCAUCAACCGCUGGCUCGACCCGCUCAGACAUGCAUCUGGAGCCGAAGAGGACGCCAACUAGAGCGUAAUCACCGAUGCCCGGCAGCCCAGAGACACGGCCACUGAGUCUCCGUUGUGUCUUCUUGACUGAGGUGCUGAGUUCUAUUGUUUGUCCCGGAUCAUGGGCUUUCCGCGCCACCCUGCCUGUGUCUGGUGCCAGACCACUCAAAGUUGCCAAGAACUUGAACCCCUCUCUGUCAACUUCACCUGGAGAAGAUUCUCAGGACGAGAAACCCUUCUACCCCAGGCUCUGCUCUGGAGCUGGAGGCUGCUAUGGCUGCAUUGCAGGAGUAAGCUGCCGUACAGUCAGCGAAUUUUCGAAGGAUUCAACAUUGCCCGGUCUCGUUGGCAGAAGAUCGUUGAAGGAAUCACGAAUUCAACGUUCCAUUCCAGCUCCGUGACCGGGGGUCCAAGAAGCUUUAUCGAAGCACUAUAUUACCAUGUUAAUAUUAAUGUUGUUCUUCGCCCGGAGUUCGCACCCUGUGUCAUCCCCACGACGGUGGGUAAAUGGCCGGUAAAACCCAUCCGCUCUCUAAUAUUCCGUCCCACAGCGAAUCCGGGAAACCGUACUCGAGCCUCCCCUCGCCUAACGGUACUCCGCUCAUUUGUUUCCUGGUUCCUGGGCGCGCUCGGUAGCGAUGUGGACACGUCCAAAAAAUAUAACCGACUCUACCAUCCAAAAUCACCAUCGCCAUCAAUGACCAAGGCGUUGUCGAUCGCCCAAAGUUUAGGAAUCGGAGGGGAGAGCCUGGAUCUCGAUGACACGAUGCACACCGAGGACCAUGGGGACGACAGCAUAUAUGGUUCGCGCAAGUGCUGGAGGUUGCCGCGUGCCGCCUCCCUUCCUCCUGCCAAUGGCUGCAUUGGAGGCAGGCUCCCCUCUCCCCCUACUGCAAGUAUAUAUUGCGGUUGCAUCCUCUCCAUUCCUUUUUUUGUUCACGAUCUCGACAAGUGUGGGAUCAUGGAGUACGCCACUAGUGCAUUGCGCCUGGCGGUGAACCGCCAUUGGAUAUCAUUGGAUAUCAUUGGGUCGCACCGUUGGACGAAGAGGUGUGAAUGGCCGAGCUGGAAUGCGCGGGCGCGGCAAGGAGAACGCCCAAGCCAAGCCCCUCUCUCUCCAUAUCCUCUCCAGAUGGAAGAUGGCCUGGGCAACUUCACUGCCGCGUUUGCGGGAUCCUUCUGGGUGGCCUGAUGGCACCUCAGAGGGGGGAAGACACGGCUCAGCCCGAGACGACGUGGUAUCGUGCCAUCAACAGUUCACCUUGAUUGGCGCAGUUGGCUGACGAGGCGGGAAGCAAGCUGUGUCCAACACUGUGGAGUAAUGAUGCUCAAGAUGAGCAUCAUUUAUUCCUGCUUACGGUGUCCAACGUCGCGUGUCAACGUCAAUUUCGAGUUCAUCACGACCU